CGCUGUAUUCAUUCCGUAUAAUGCACAGCGUACGAUCGUAAAAAACAUUUGGUUAUCAAAAAUAGAAGUUGCAGCUAUAUUUUUGAGUGAGUCACUAAAUUUAUAGUGGAAGCCGGCAACAGAGUUUUAACAGCGGGUAUGCUAAAAUAAACAAACCAAACUGAUUUUGUUUUUUUUUGCGGAGGAAAUCGUCAAACUUGAACGAUAGAAUAAAAGGAUCAUUAGUUGAUGCAAAGCACACAGCAUCACAAAGGCGAACGGAGCGGUUACAGGAACAGCAAGAAGUUGGAAAUUCAUUGGAAGAAGUGUUCGAUAACGGUUUCCAAAGCCAUUGUACAAACAUAUAAAGUAUUGAUCUUGUACAACAUACCACAAGGAUGUGCUUGAAGAUUGCUGUUUCGCCAAUCAAAUUAAUCAUCACAUGCGUCGCUAUGCAUUUUUGCUCAGUAAAAGGAGCUCCCUAUGAGGUCGUGGAGAAAAUUUCAUCACUUGUUAAGACAUCGCAAGUCACAACAGAAACAGACUCACAAAGACUCCACGGACAAGUUUUAUGUCCAAAUCAGAAUAAGAACUUACAUUGUCCACAUGGAUGGAUUUUGAACAUAACUCAAGCAGACUACGGAAGAAAACAUCAAUUUUGUGUGGUCAUGGUAAUGUAAAAAAUUGUACAACAAAGUCUUCGACAACGGCGAAAGUGAAAGAAAUCUGUGAUGGAAAAAGAGUUUGCCAUAUUGAUGCGAAGGAAGGAAGAUUUGAAGAUGCUUGUCCCGGUGUAAUCAAAUAUCUUCACGUGGUUUACACGUGCAUUCAUGGCGUAGAACGCUCAAACAACGUGUUAAUGGCUGAAGAAGAAGUCACCUCCAAGCCGAAAUGCGGAAUAUCAAAAUCAAUACAAGUAAGAGCAAGAGUUGUUGAAGGAAGAAUAAGCGUCCCCGGAAAAUGGCCUUGGCAAGCUUUGAUGUUAAAGGGCUACACCAACAAACGAUUUAUAUGUGGUGGUACACUUAUUCACCCGAAAUGGGUGUUAACCGCUGCCCAUUGUAUUCGCAGCAGGAAAAAGCAUUAUUAUACCAUUCGUCUGGGAGACUUUGACCGCAUGAUAAACGAAACACACGAACAAGAUAUACUGGUAAAAAGGGUCAUACGUCAUCCGCUGUACUUUUCGCCGUAUCCGCUGAACAACGAUAUCGCAUUAUUGGAGUUAGAGAAACCAGCAAAGUUGAACAAAAGAGUGGGCGUGGCGUGUCUACCGGAAGUUAAUUAUGAGGUUCCAAUUGGUGAUCCCAAUACCAGAUGUUAUAUAACAGGUUGGGGUAAAAUAAAACACAGAGGAUAUAUGUCGCAGAUGUUGAGACAAGUUGAAAUACCACCAGCCGAUAGAAGAAAAUGUGCCGUGAGAUUGGCAAAGUCACCAGGAGGAUCCAAUCGUAAAAUUACGAAACAUAUGAUAUGUGGUGGUGAUGAUCAGACAGGAGCAAGCGCCUGUCAGGGGGAUAGUGGUGGUCCUUACGUAUGUAGAAAUACUCAGGGAUACUGGGAGGUACAAGGUGUGAUCAGCUGGGGAUCGCCUAUCUGCUCGUCGAAACAGCGUUUUACCGUCUUUGCCCAAGUUAGCAAAUUCCGUAAAUGGAUCGACAAAUACUUAAAUUCGAGUCCAGACUCCUUUCGAUACUCGAAAAUGGUUGAAAGGUUUCCAAAAAUGUACAGCAUCAUAGUGCUAAGUAUCGUCUUCUUUUUGAUACAACAAACUAUAACUGCAGUUGAUGUGGAUUCCAAUAAAACAUCGAGUGGUUCAGCACCAUAUCAAUGUGGAAAAUCAAAUCCAAGCGGCGUUAGACGAAGAGUUGUAGCUGGACAUACAGCAUUGCCUGGUGCUUGGCCUUGGCAGGCAAUCUUGUUAUAUGGCUAUAGAAAACGGUUUAUCUGUUCCGGAGCACUCAUUCAUCCGUCCUGGGUACUAACGGCAGCACACUGCGUUCGAAGCACAUCGCCAACCAUGUAUAAAAUACGUUUGGGAGAUUUUGACAGAUCGCGAUACGAAGGUCGAGAGCAGACGAUAGGUGUUGAGAAAGUGAUUACACACCCACAACACGACAUACCAGUGAUUAGAAACAAUGAUCUUGCACUUAUAAAGCUCUCAAAACCAGCAAUCCUAAACCAGUGGGUUGGAACUGUUUGUUUACCAACAGCAGACGACUAUCUGCAUAAAGAUUUACGAUGUUAUGCUACUGGUUGGGGAAAGACAGAAAGAAGUAACACAUAUUCACGCUUGCUCCAACAAGCACACGUUCCAUUAGUGACAAAACAUACAUGCAGAAGAAGAGCAAACCCUUGGUACAGAUAUGGAUGGUAUGCUCAAUAUAUAACUCAUGAAAUGUUAUGUGGAGGUGAUGACAAUAACGGGGCUAGCACAUGUAUGGGUGAUAGCGGUGGUCCAUAUGUCUGCAGGAAUCCCCAGGGAUACUGGGUGUUACAAGGGAUUACAAGUUGGGGAUCCAGAAGAUGUAGAGUCAGUGACAGAUACAGCGUUUUUACAAAGGUACAAGUCUUCACAGAAUGGAUCAAAAGCAUGAUGAACACUCCGAAGAAGAAAGUUUCCGAAGAAGUUAAAAAAAUCACCGUAACAAGUGAAGACAAAUCUUCUUUGGCCAUGUUAAGACUUCUAAAAAAAUGGCUAAGGCUUUUACUGAACAGUAGACUUUCUAGUGACUCCAGAUAAUUGAAACUUAAGACAGGAUUAUAUGAUUACAAAUAACGUAAGAAUGUUUUAAAUAAAAACUGUAUCAACAUGUUUAAA